AUGUCUUCAACGCGCAACCUCCAACGCACCACACGCUCCAUUGCGCGAUGGAGGCCCCUCCCCACGAUCAGCACUAGGCCAUGCCUCUCCUCAACGACAAGAACGACAGCUUCCCCCGCAGUCACCCCUCGAACCCUCGCCGCCGCCGCCGCCCUCCCCUCCAUACGCGCCUUCACCACCUCAAGACCCCGCCUCUCCGAUGACGACGAGUCCUUCGACCCCGCCUCCAUCGAACGAGAGUCUGACCAGGUCGACGUCUGCAUCAUUGGCGGCGGUCCUGCCGGUCUCAGUGCCGCCAUUCGCCUGAAGCAGCUCGCCAAUGAGGCAGGCAACGAGGACUUCCGCGUCCUCCUCCUCGAGAAGGCCGGCGAGAUCGGUGCGCACAUCCUCUCGGGCGCCGUCAUCCAGCCGACGUCCAUCGACGAGCUGCUGCCCGACUGGCUCUCCGAAGACAAUCCCGACCGCUUUGAGCACGCGACCCCCGCUGGCAAGGACCGCAUGCGCUACCUCACCAAGACGCUCAGCAUUCCCCUACCCACGCCCCCCCAGAUGAACAACCACGGCAACUACAUUGUGUCGUUGAACCAGUUCACGAAAUGGCUCGGCGAACGAGCCGAGGAGCUCGGUGUCGAGGUCUACCCCGGCUUUGCCGCCAGCGAGGUCCUCUACCACCCUGACGGCAGCGUCAAGGGUGUCGCGACCAACGAUCUCGGCAUCGCCCGCGACGGCAAGCCCAAGGACUCGUUCGAGCGCGGCAUGGAGUUCCACGCUCGCGUCACCCUCUUCGGUGAGGGCUGCCACGGCUCCCUGUCCAAGGCCGUCAUCAAAAAGUUUGACCUGCGCCGCGACAGCCAGCAUCAGACCUACGCCCUCGGCCUCAAGGAGGUCUGGGAGGUCUCCCCUGACAAGUUCAAGAAGGGCGAGAUUACACACAGCCUCGGCUAUCCCCUCGACAAAGACACGUACGGCGGCGGCUGGAUGUAUCACUUCGGCGACAAUCUCGUCAGCGUCGGCCUCGUCGUCGCCCUCGACUACCAGAACCCCUGGCUGUCCCCGUACAACGAGUUUCAAAAGUACAAGCAGCAUCCCCUCUAUCGUUCCGUCCUCGAGGGCGGCAAGUGCAUCUCCUACGGCGCGCGCGUCCUCAACGAGGGUGGCUUCCAGAGCAUUCCCAAGUGUGCCUUCCCCGGCGGCGCCCUCAUCGGCGACUCGGCCGGCUUCGUCAACCUGCCCAAGAUCAAGGGCACCCACAACGCCAUGAAGUCGGGCAUGCUCGCCGCCGAGGCCGCCUGGACCGCCCUCGCCGACGCGCCCCCCGCCGAGGAGGACGCGAGCGCCGUCUUCCUGUACGACUACGAAGACAAGCUGCGCGCCUCCCCCAUCUGGGCCGAGCUCAAGGAGGUCCGCAACUUCCGCCCCUCCUUCCACACCCCCCUCGGCCUCUACGGCGGCCUUGCCUACUGCGGCCUCGAGGCCUACCUCUUCAAGGGCCGCGUGCCCUGGACCCUGAAGCACGGCAGCCCCGACCACGCGUCCACCAAGGCGGCCGACGCCAGCAAGAAGAUCGAGUACGCCAAGCCCGACGGCGAGAUCUCCUUUGACAUUCUCACGAGCGUCAGUCGCACCGGCACCAACCACGAGGAGGACCAGCCCGUCCACCUGCAGGUCAAGGACUGGGAGAAGCACGCCGCCGAGACGUGGCCCAAGUUCAAGGGUGUCGAGAACAGGUUCUGCCCGGCGGGCGUCUACGAGUAUGUCGAGGACGACACCAAGGAGCUCGGCGUGCGGUUCCAGAUCAACUCGCAAAACUGCAUUCACUGCAAGACGUGCGACAUCAAGGCGCCGCACCAGGACAUCAACUGGCAGGUGCCGCAGGGUGGCGAGGGCCCCAAGUACUACAUGACGUAG